AUCAUUUGUCGCGUUAGUUGGGUUGACUUUCUUAUCAGAGUCACCACGAUUGUGUGUGUGGGUGUCUGAGUGCCUUUUAAAUUGUGUGUGCAACCGGGUCACCGCCACCUGCUUGCUGAUCAGUAGUUCGAGUGAUUUCCAACCAGUCGUAGCCGUAGUCGUAGUCACCGAUAUUGCCGCAAUAUAUAAAUAAAAUGUAUCACUACCAGCAAGGCGACGAAACGGGCGCCUACACAGAUGGGGAGGCCGACAAGACGUUCGACUUCGAUGACCAGAGCAUCAGGAAAGGCUUCAUCAGGAAGGUGUACCUCAUUCUGAUGGCACAACUGCUGAUCACGUUCGGUUUUGUCAGCGUAUUCACCUUCUCAAAGGCCACACAAGAAUGGGUCCAGAAGAACCCUUACCUCGUUUGGAUCGCUCUGGCCGUUCUUAUUGUGACGAUGAUCUGCAUGGCAUGCUGCGAGAGCGUUCGCCGGAAAACGCCGAUCAACUUUAUAUUUUUAUUCCUGUUCACGAUCGCAGAAUCCUUCCUGCUGGGCAUGGUGGCCGGCCAGUAUGAGGCCAAUGAGGUGCUGAUGGCUGUUGGAAUUACGGCAGCAGUGACCCUGGGUCUUACCCUCUUUGCAUUGCAAACCAAGUGGGACUUUACGAUGUGCGGCGGUGUGCUGGUGUGCUGCCUGGUGGUCUUCAUCAUCUUUGGCAUCAUUGCCAUCUUCAUUCCGGGCCAGGUGAUCCAAAUGGUGUACGCCUCGCUGGGUGCCCUGCUCUUCUCCGUGUAUCUGGUGUACGACACGCAGCUGAUGCUGGGCGGCAACCACAAGUACUCAAUCAGUCCCGAGGAGUACAUCUUCGCGGCCCUCAACCUCUACCUGGACAUUGUCAAUAUCUUUAUGUACAUUCUGACCAUCAUCGGAUUGGCCCGCAAGUAGGCGCAUCCGUGUUUGAGGCAGUUCCCGUUCCAGUUCUAGAAAUAUGUAAUUUAAUUUUAUGCACCCUAUACGAAGAAAUACAAAUUUGACUAGCAGACCAC